UCAGCCGAGAGAUAUCCCAUUGAGAUUACAAUUAAUGGAUUCAUUUGGCAACCAAGUAGUGUUCAGCUCACACUCACAGUACUUCAUGGAUGAAACCAACUUUGAUCAGCACUUCGCUGAGCUCAUCAGAGGUGAAGCCACUGAUGAUCCCACUGGCAAGUUUUGUCUUAACUAUGAGUGUGAGCACAUUGCUGGCUGCUUGGGUGCCAACAAUCGCUUUGAGCCAACAUUCCUAGCCGAUCAUUACCUAUUUGAUGAUUUCAGUCCUCUUCCAGCCAUGCCCAAUGCAAAUCCUGAGCUUAACACAAUAUUGGCAGCCGAUGCCAAGAAUGGGGAGGAGGAGAAUGAUAUUGGGGAGUCGUCCUCUGCAACCACCACGACUUCUUCUAAAUCUACAAAGAAGAGGACCGACAGGUCCAGAACUUUGAUCUCGGAGAGGAGGAGGAGAGGCAGGAUGAAGGAGAAGCUCUACUUGCUCCGUGCCUUAGUUCCUAAUAUAACCAAGAUGGACAAGGCCUCCAUUGUUGGAGAUGCAGUGUUACAUGUGCAGGAGCUGCAAAUGCAGGCUAACAAGUUGAGAGCUGAGAUUGCUGAGCUUGAAUCUUCAUUGGCGGGAGGGGGCAGACACCAACAAAGCAUAGUCCAAAACCGACACCACAUCCAACUUUCAAACAGCAACUAUCCAGUUUGCAAGCAAAUAACGCAGAUGGACAUAUGCCAAGUUGAAGAAAGAGGAUUUUACGUGAGAAUAGAGUGCGUCCGAGGCCUAGGGGCAGCGAUUUCACUCUACAAGGCUCUAGAGUCCCUUGGUAGAUACAGUGUUCAGAGCUCCAACUUGGCUACCAAAGCUGGGAGAUUCAUCUUGACAUUUACAUCAAAGGUUAGAGAGAGUGAGCCAGACCUGAACCUGCCAAAUCUGAAGCUGUGGGUAGCAGGGGCUCUGUUGAACCAAGGAUUCAAGUUUCAGACACAGCCAUCUACCUGAAAUCUCUUUGACCUUAUCCCGACACACCCCCCCCCCCCCCCCCACCCACCCCACCCCACCCCGCGCGGGACCGGGGGCCGCCGCUGCCGCCUUUUGUUUCAUAAUUCCUAAUUAGCACCGUGUCUCUGUGUUCAUUGACACGCAAAGGUUUUCAGCAGCUAGAGUUGAUAAAUCAAAAAAUAUCAAACACUGACAUGUUACAAUGUUGUGUAGCUGCAGAUUUGGAUAAUAAAAUGCAACAAAAUUUUCCA